CACUUCUUUCUUUUGGAUACAUUCAAUCAACUUUUUUGCCACUUAGUCUGAGACCAUUUCAGUAAUGGAAUUUUUGAGGAUUUACAGUAUUAUCAGAUAGAUUUGUCUUUCUACCUUUCUCAGGUACUGUUUCAUCAAUGAUGAAAACAACUUGCCCUCAAUUGAAACAAACCUUGUAUCACUCCUGGUCCGCUGCUGCAGACCUAUACACAACAAACACCAGGCAUGGCUGGAGAAACCGAUCUGUCCUCUUGAUCAUCUGUCUCACCUUCAGUCUCGUCCUGAGCUCCAUCCUCCUCCUCUACCUGCUCUAUGUCCUACAGUACAGCCUGAUGGUGGCUGCUGGGAUAGCAGGCUCCUUUUGGGUGGUAGUGGGGGCCUCUCUGUUCCUCUCUAAGAGGGUGCGGUGCUUUGGGGUUCUGUUUGUGCUGUCUUGUGGGAUGAGGCAGGGCCGGAACGUUCUCAUCACCGCUGGAACAAGUUUGGUGGUUCUCAAGAAUGUCCAGAACACGCUGGAGAACAUCACAGGGCUCAGUAGGAGUAUGGUGUGCAACCUGCAGGCCAAGAGGGUGUCCAUCGACACCACGCCGCUCUGUAACUACGUCAGGAUGUUGAGAUGGGUCGGCGACGUACUCAGAGCGUUCACAGACUUCGGGGUGGCGGAGUUGGUUUCUGAUCUGAAGGUCACGUCAGAAGGAGACACUGAGAAGUUGAGGGACAGGCUGGUUGAAGCUGAGAGGACUCUGAAUGGAACUGCAAAGAGCAUCCAGGCCGCGGUGGACACGCUGUCCUCUGUAAGUCAGAGACUUUUCCUUGCCUUCAGUUUCCUCCUGCUGAUGGGCUUCACAGUGCUGCACUUGAGGAGAUAUUGCUACAACAAGAAAUAUGAAAACGUGUACAUAACCAGAACUUUCAUAAAUUUUGAUGAGAAGCAGAAGGCAGAAGGAAGGCCUCCAGUGCUCCCCCUCACGCCGAAGGAGGCUAGACGCUACAUCACCAUCCCUUCCCCUCGACUCAGUGCCACGGAAGGGAAAACCAUGCUGAAAUUCAGUUUCCCAGUGUUCACCCAUUGUCUAGCCUGGGUCUUGUUCAUAGGUGUUGAUGUACUCAUGUUCUGGUUUGUUGAGGUCAUCAGAACGCGACUUCAUGAGCUAGAGCCAUUUCAUGUUCCUUUGAUUAUGAACAUAAACGAAGACAUGUCCAUUAUUGGUGUCCCCAUUUCAGAGGAGAUCAACAGGAGGGAUUUCUCCUACCAGGUGUCCAUCUUUGAGAAGAGUUGCCUUCCUAAACCUAGAUUAGUACUCUAUGACUCCAUCCUACCUCUGGUUGUGUUACUAGCUGCCCUUCUCAGCAUGGCCCUGAUGUCUGCCAAGCUCACACAGAUCAGGCUCAUGGUGUGUGAGCAGUUCUUCUCCACCAAUGCUGAGGAGAGGGUGGAGUUUCUGCAUGCUAAGAUCCUGAAGAAGAGAUCAAGAAAGGAAGGGAACGGGAAAGCUGAGGAAAGCAGUCUGAGAUCCCUCAUCAAGAAGCCAGAUUUCUGGUGUCCAAUACUCUACAGACCACAGGAGUAUGACCCCUUUCAGCAAGCAAGCUAG